AUGAACUUGCACCUAUUGCCCAUGACUGCAAAAGCACCACCACCACCACAAAUUCCCUCCAAAGCACGCCCACUUGCUCAACACACACUCUCUCAAAGAACCUAUAUCCCAUCUCACAUAUACAACCACCCAGCCGCCAUUCUAUUAGAACUCUGCACUUCAGGUAAAGAACUUCACCAAAUCCUCCCUCAAAUCAUCAAAAACGGGCUCUACAAUGAAACCCUUUUUCAAACCAAGCUCAUUAGUCUUUUUUGCAAGUAUGGUAAUUUAACUGAAGCUUCGCGUGUUUUUGAACCAAUUGAGGAUAAAUUUGAUGCUCUUUAUCAUACUAUGCUUAAAGGGUAUGCAAAGAAUUCUUCUUUGGAUAAUGCUUUUUCGUUUUUUUCUCGAAUGAAGCGUGAUGAUGUUAGGCCUGUUGUAUAUAAUUAUACUUAUUUGUUGAAACUUUGCGGAGAUAAUUCGGAUCUUAAGAGGGGUAGGGAGAUUCAUGGGAAUGUAGUAACAAGUGGGUUUUCGGGGAAUGUGUUUGCUAUGACAGGGGCGGUGAAUAUGUAUGCCAAAUGUAGACAAAUUGAUGAUGCAUAUAAGAUGUUUGAUAGAAUGCUCGAGAGGGAUUUGGUUUGUUGGAAUACGAUUAUUUCUGGGUAUUCGCAAAAUGGGUUUGCUAAGGUUGCUUUAGAGUUGGCCUUGAGAAUGUUUGGAGAAGGGCAUAGACCGGAUUCGAUUACGAUGGUUUCUAUUUUGCCUGCAAUUGCGGAUAUAGGGUCGUUGAGAAUUGGCAAGGCAGUUCAUGGGUAUGUUUUGAGAGCUGGGUUUGAGUCAGUUGUGAAUGUUUCGACAGCUCUUGUGGAUAUGUAUUCGAAAUGUGGGUCAGUGGGGAUUGCUAGAGUAAUCUUUGAUGGGAUGGAUCAUAGGACUGUUGUUUCGUGGAAUUCAAUGAUUGACGGGUAUGUGCAAAGUGGAGAUGCUGAGGGAGCAAUGGUAAUGUUUCAGAAGAUGUUGGAUGAAGGGGUUCAACCAACUAAUGUUACAGUUAUGGGAGCUUUGCAUGCUUGUGCUGAUCUAGGUGAUCUUGAGAGGGGAAAAUUUGUUCACAAAUUAGUGGACCAAUUGAAACUUGAUUCUGAUGUUUCGGUGACAAAUUCUUUGAUUUCCAUGUAUUCCAAGUGUAAGAGGGCUGAUUUUGCUGCUGAUAUAUUUGGAAAAUUGCAAAAUAAAACACUUGUAUCCUGGAAUGCCAUGAUAUUAGGCUAUGCCCAAAACGGGUGUGUGAGUGAGGCCUUAGAUGCUUUCUGUGAGAUGCAAUCACGAAAUAUAAAGCCAGACUCGUUUACAAUGGUGAGUGUGAUUCCUGCUCUUGCAGAGUUGUCGAUUCCACUUCAGGCAAAGUGGAUUCAUGGACUUGUUAUUAGGAGGUUUUUAGACAAGAAUGUUUUUGUUAUGACUGCUCUUCUUGACAUGUAUGCAAAAUGUGGGGCCAUUCACACGGCAAGAAAGCUCUUUGACGUGAUGGAUGAAAAGCAUGUGAUCACAUGGAAUGCUAUGAUAGAUGGAUAUGGAACUCAUGGACUUGGAAAAACUGCCGUAGAACUGUUCAAGGAAAUGCAGAAGGGGACCAACAAGCCAAAUGAUAUUACAUUUCUCUGCGUCCUCUCUGCUUGCAGUCACUCAGGUUUGGUAGAAGAGGGGCUCUGUUUCUUUGAUAGCAUGAAGAAAGAUUACGGUAUAGAGCCUGUGAUGGAUCACUAUGGAGCCAUGGUUGACCUUCUUGGUCGAGCUGGUCGACUCAACCAGGCUUGGGAUUUCAUUCAAAAGAUGCCUAUUAAACCAGGAAUUACUGUUUACGGUGCUAUGCUGGGUGCUUGCAAAAUUCACAAGAAUGUUGACUUCGGGGAGAAGGCAGCAUUCGAAAUCUUCAAGUUAAACCCAGAUGAUGGUGGAUACCAUGUAUUGCUUGCCAACAUAUACGCCACAGCUUCAAUGUGGGACAAACUGGCCAAAGUUCACAGUUUCUACUCCGGAACUACAAGCCACCCCCAAUCCCAAAAGAUCUACGCUUAUCUCGAGACACUCGUAGAUGAGAUCAAAGCUGCUGGUUAUGUUCCUGACACCAAUUCAAUCCACGAUGUGGAAGAUGAUGUUAAAGUGCAGUUGCUGAAUACUCAUAGUGAGAAGUUGGCUAUUGCCUUUGGACUGCUAAAUACGAGCACAGGCACUCCCAUACACAUUAGGAAAAAUCUACGAGUUUGCGGUGACUGUCAUAAUGCAACAAAGUACAUUUCCCUUGUCACUGGGAGGGAAAUUAUAGUUCGUGAUAUGCAUAGAUUUCACCAUUUCAAGAAUGGAAAAGGUAAAGGAGGAAGUGACGAUUUUACAUCUACUGCUCUAGCUUCAUUCCAAAAGGGGACAACAAAGAGACUGGUCAGUGUCUCUACAGUACCAGCUUCUAGCUCUGAAUUUCCACCCUGA